AUUUACACAAAAAUAAACAUUGUAGUGUUUGUUUAUAUUGAUAUGUCAUUUGGCGCAAUAAACUUAUUAGUUUUUUCCCUACUUUCCGUGCCAGGUAUUCUUGGUCAGUGCAUUGAGUGCAAGGCUCGCGGGCAGUUCCACUGCCAGACCAACUAUACGGGCUACUACUGCGCUCCAGGCGCUUACAUCAAUGAAAAUGAGAUUUCAAAGGAUAAAUGCCAAGGGAAAAGCAGGGCUUACAACAGCCCCUUCUCUCCAUGCACCCCCUAUCCAUUCGAAAUAACUUACAUCGAGACGUUUUGCUGUCUUUAUUCACCCUCCCUUGGUUGCCAGUUGGCUCUGAAUCCAGGUAUCUUCAGUAAGGAGAAGCUACCUGUCAGCAGAUGCGAGGAUUGCAUGGGGCACUGCCAAUGCUUGAACAAGGGUGCACCUUUCUUUCAGUCCUGGAUAGUGGUUUUUCUUUUGGCCAUUUCCACCAUACUAACCCAGUUGACAUACUUAAUAACUUAGGACUGAAAGAGGUGCAAAACUUAUUGAAGCAUUGACAGUAGUUCGAUGUGGGUGAUUAUACUCAAUUCCAAUCGGUGGAACUGAAUUAUGAAAAGAACAAAUUUAAUUAUGAUCAUCUUUAAAUGUUCACAUAUGAA